CGUGUUUCGACAAGACACAACACAGGCAACAGGAGGCAGCAGGAGGAAUGGCUAGGCGGAAGUUGGUGCACGAUGGGGCCAACAUCUACUUGGUGGUGCUGACCAAGGAUGGAGAGCACACCAUGCACUGGGCUGCGGAGUCUGCCAAGGAACUGCGGCAGUGGUACCAUGCGACGGCCGUGCACACGAUGGCCAUGAGCGAGCUGCCCAAGCUGGAGAGGGCGGAUAGCCCUGCCAAUGCACCGGGCAAGACAGUCAUCUUGGUGCCUCGCAUGCUGGAAGGCGUGGUCUUCGACAAGCUCUCGCGCUUUGCCUACGGCUCGCCAUCACAACCAAAAUCAGCAGCAGACACGGGUGGCAAGGCGGUGGUGAUGGCGCUGCCAUGUUUGCUGGCGCUGCUCAAGGCUGGGCAGGAGAUGAUCCCCGUCAAUGCCCUGCACCAACCCCUCUUUAGCACGGUGUUGUCCAACUGCUGCAUCUCGUGCAGCGGCUUCUCGCCCUCCGAAAAGGCCACCAUGCACGACCGCAUCCUGCGCCUGGGCGGGCGAUACAUGCCUGACUUGACAACAGAUGUGACGCACCUCGUGGCCAAGGGCACCAAACGCUUCUCCAAGAAGAUACAGAUGUGGCAGCGGAUGGGCCGCAACACGCUGGCGCAGUCGUGGCUCAAGACCAUGUACGACACCGUGCGUCGUGGCAAGCACCUCACCCGCGUCGAGCCAGAGGAAAAGCAUUUGCUGCCCAUGCUUGAUGGCUGCAUGUUCUGCGUCUCCGGAUUGCCCCAGGACGAGCGCGAAAGCGUCAAGGCGGUGGUUGAAACGCAUGGCGGCUCAUAUUCGCGCACGCUCAACAAGGACUGCACGCACCUCGUGUGCAGUGUUGCAUCGGGCAGCAAAUACUUGCACGCCCUCCAGUGGGGGACGCACGUGGUAACACCGGAAUGGCUCAGCCAGUGCAUGAAGAACAAACACAGAGUGCCCGAGAAGACCUUCAAGCCGACGGCUGGGGGCUCGACGCUGACGAGGACGGAAGCACGUGCCGUGAUUCGGGACAAGGGCGAGGAACAAUUGCUUGCAGGCACGCGCGUGCUGCUGUAUGGACUGCACGGGCAGCGGCUUGCGUUUUACACGCGGCUAAUCUGCUCGAUGGGAGGAGAGGUGGUGGUGUACAACGGCGACAACGCCAACACCAGCUGUAGCAGCAGCUGCGCGACCGGUGGCGGUCAGCAGCAGGAGACCAGCAGACGACCUGUGAAGAGAGAGGAAAUUGUUGAUGAUGACGAGGAUGACGAGGAUGACAAUGAUGACGACAACGAUGGUGCCGACGGUGGUGGUGGUGGUGGCGGCGUUGGUCUUGAUGACAACACCACGACUGAUACGGAAGCAGGGCCGCAGUCAUGUCCAUAUACCCACAUCAUCGUCACAGGCAUGGUUGAUGCGAAGCUGCGGGCUGUGUGGUCGUCAUCAGCGCCACCAGUGCACAUUGUCACGCCGGAGUGGGCGCUCUCCGUCCUCACAUCUCGCCAACGCAUCCCAGAGCGAAAGCGCCUGCCCGACUCUGAUGUGUUUGGGGGCCGCCGGUUUUUCGUUGCGCCGUCUGUUGCCAAGUUCACCAAGAGCAUCACCGCCAUUGUCACCAAGACCAACGGCCGCAUUGUCCUCGAACCCUCAGACGCAGACACGGUGGUGUGUUCGCCAUUUGAGCCGGAUGUGCAGCAAUUCUGUGCGUCUGCGGAGGCCGUCACCAUCUGCUGGCUCGAGCGAUGCGCACACGACAAGACCCUCUACAGCCCGCACAGCCACUACCUAUAUAAGCCACAGCCGCCACCACGAGAGCCACACAACCUGAAGGGCGUGCGCGUUGCGUUCUCCGGCUUUCUCUCCUUCCACCGCGACCACCUCACGUCCAUGGCGAAACACCUUGGCAUGAUUGUGGGCAUGUCGCGCAAGUGCAACUACGUCGUGUGCGCAGACACGAGCGCGUCGCAGUAUGGCAAGGCGGUGAAACAGAAACUCAACCCCGUCAGUGAAGAAUGGUUGUUUCAGAGCAUCUCCACAGGACAGGUGCAGGAGCCAGGCGCCUUUCCUCCACCGCCAGCAAGCAGCGAUCAUCGAAAUCUACAGCUGCACGAGGAGCGGUUACAGCAGCAGUACGAUAGCAACGCUGGGCCUUUGCAUGGGUGCUUCAUUGCGUUUGGCAAGAAGACGCAUGCGCACCUGCACAGAUACCAGGCGCUUGCCCAGGAACUUGGGGCGGAGACGACGCUGACGUACAAGAAAGGGUGCACGCACCUCAUUCACAUUGGCAAGCAGAGUGAUAUCAGCACCGACGUCCGCAACGCCCGCACAAACCUCGCACACAUUGUUCACCCCGAGUGGCUGGACGAGUGUGCGCUGACGCGGCGGUGGGUUGCAGAGUCGUCAUUUCCGCCGUCAUUCAAGCGCGGAUAUGCGCUGCCGGAGGUGCAGGGCGGCACACCACGCUCUCCACGCAAGAAAGGCACGCAGCACGACACACUGGGCGAUGGGGAUGGUGGAGGAGUGAAUGGGCAGGGUGCAGCGUCGGCGGGGCUGUUGUCGUCGUCAUUACGCGUGCAACCGAGCGUUCCACUGCCCCAAACACCGGAACAAGCAGCACAACAGCAGCAACAGCAGCAGCAACAACAGCAAGAGCCAGUAACACCCGCCCGUAACACUGCCUCCGAGAGCGUGCAUCUGCUGCAGUCGCCAUUCACGCCGAUUGCGGCCCAGAUGUCUGGCGGCCAGAGCGCUGUAUCGACAGUGGCCCGCCCAACACGCCCUGGGAUGCCACAACAACAACAACAACAACAACAACAACAACAACAACAACAACAACAACAACAACAACAACAACAACAACAACAACAACAACAACAACAACAACAACAACAACAACAACACGCGUAUGGGUCUGUUUGGGAAAAGGUCAAGCCAAACACCAAUACCAGCGUCAACACAUCCACUGACACAGUGGACACCAGCGCUGCUACCGAUACGACAGCAAAAACCCCCACAACAACAACAGCAGCAGCAACCAGAAAUGCCACCACCGCCAUUACGACCACGACGACGACCACCACCACCACUGCUGGUGCCAUUGUGGACGACGCGGUGGCGUUGCAGUUUGAUCAGCUGAUUAAAGCGACGGAGCAGCGGCGAGUGCGGCGAAUGUCCUCUGCUGUCUCAUCGCACUCGCGCUCCAGGCCCAGCAGUGCAAUCACAACACAGGCUGUUUCUGCACCAGACCCCAGCAAUGCUGCCGCCGCCACCGCCACCACCAUUCAUGCAUCAGCAACAGGCAAGACCACGACGUCAGCGGUGAGGCUGGGCCGACCAGCCAGCACCUCAGCCAUUCUCAACACUUCGGCCGUCAGUGCUGGCACGCACAACGCCAACAACAGCAGCAGUAACCAGGGACAGCAGAUUGCAUUAAAUCGUGCGCGCAGCAGCGGCAAUUUGCCCACGGGCGCAUCCAACUGGCGCCCUCCACCGCCACUCGCCUCCCUCAGGCAGUUUGGACACAAGCAGAGCAGUCGCAGUGCUGCUGGUGCUUGUGGCGGUGGUCACGGUGGUGCUGGUGGUAUGGGGCGUGGUACACAGGACAGCGACGAUGAUGAUGACGAUGAAGAUGAAGACGAUGAAAGUGAGGAGGAUGAGGAGCAGGCCGCGGCGGCAGAGGCUGAACGACUGCCACCAUCUCUACCGGUGCCAACAGAUGACCUGGCGGACCAUCUCUCGCAGACGGCAGUGACAUAUGCGGACCCUAUGCAAGCGCACCGGUUGCGGCUGCUGGCGCGGCUCAAGAACACGCCGUCGCGCACCAACACGCGCCCUCCCUCAUCAGGUGCAGGCGGUGCAGGUGAAAAUGGAGGCGAGGGCGAAGGUGGAAACAAGGCCAGCUCACCAGGGAAUCAAGAUCAGCAGCAAGCACAACAGCAGCAACAACAGGGGCGGUCGUCGUCAGCAGCUGCAUCGCCAAGUGCACGUAAGUCCCAACAGCAGCAACAGCAACAGCAGCGACAGCAGCAGCAGGCGGGGGUGAGCCGGCCCACGUCUGCAUUGGCGCAGAGCAGCAACGGUCGCGGGAGCAUGGACAUGGCACGCCUCAGCAGUGGCACCCACACCGGCCAGCAACAGCAACAGCAGCAGCAGCAGCAGCAACAGCAACAGCAACAGCAGCAACAGCAACAGCAACAGCAGCAGCAGCAAAGAGGAGAGGUGUCCUCGGCGAAGCGGUCGCACGCCAGCAGUACCAGCCAGCGCGACGGCGAACAGGACCAUGCGCGACAGCGCGCAAAGCGGUCAUCACACCAACAACGUGAUGGGGCAAAGGAGGAGCAGGAAGCACACGAGCCUGGCACGGCGACUGCUACAGCUGGUGGUAUUGGUGGGACGGAAGGCCCGCAAACACGCCGCAAGCGGACGAGCGUGAUGCGCACGCGCAGUAGCCGACGCCAAGCCACGGACACCGGCGCCCACAGCUACACGGGCAACAACAACAACAACAAUAGCAACGCGGCAACAGCGGCAACAGCGGCAACAGCGGCAACAGUGGCGCUGGAGGGUGCGUCACCGACGGUGAUGUUGAACACACGCCCGCCAACGGUGCUCAUCACGGCUGUGGACGAUGCAACCAAGCAGCAUGCCUCUCGCGUGUUUGCCCGCUUUGGCGUUGCGUGCAAGCUGGGGGCGGAGUUUGACAUUGCGGCCACGCACCUUGUGUGCGGCGAGCCGGCGCGGAGCGAGAAGUUUCUGGGCGCAUGCGCGCGCGGGCUGUGGGUGCUCAAGCCCUCGUACAUCCAGGCGUGCGCGGAUGCGAACGGGCUCGUGGACGAGGAGCCGUUUGAGUGGACGGCAAAGGACCCGACGGCCUCCGACGUGCAGCAGCUGGCGGGCACGCCGAAGCGGUGGCGGCUGGAGCUGCAGCGGCGACGGCAGCUGGACCCGGGCGUGCGCGGUGCCUUUGAUGGCUGGGUGGUGGCGCUGUUCACGCGGCGGACGUAUGCGGACGGGUUUCGACGCCUGCUGCAGGCUGGCGGCGCCAAAGUGGAGCUGUCGCAGGCCACGCUCAAGCCCGAUGACGCCGAGCGCCUGACGCACGUGUUUGUGCAGCAGCGCACGCUGGAAAAGCACUGGACCAACCUGCAGGAGUUUAUGACGGUGGCGCAGGAGCGCGUCAAGUGCCUGUCCUCGGAGUACAUUGCCGACUACCUGGUGCGUGAUCCACCGCCGGAGCAAGGCUCGGCGCGGUUUGCGGAGCUUGAUCUGUACGCACGCCUUGUCCGGGACCAGGAGAACACCCACCACCUCCUCUCUUCCAGUCGCACUGGCAGCGGCACUGGCACUGGUACCGGUGGUGGUGGUGGUCGUAAUGGUGCAAGUCGCCCAGCCUCCAAGCGCAGCAAGCGCGCGUGAGGUCUUUGCGGGUGUGUGUUGAUAAUUAAACGAGUCAGUGAGAGUGCGUGCGUGAUUGAG